GUACUACGUAGCGGAGGGAGUGCGUUUGUACUCUCAGGAGACGUGGCGUCAGGUGACCGGGACUGAGGGCAAGGCUUUGGUGCUGCAGUACAUGGAGCAUGUGGUCUCUUACUACAUCGAAGCAACAACAGCGGACAACCACGCUGUACGGGAGGCGGCCUGCGCCUGCAUCGCAGAGCUGGCGACCAAACUGCCGAGCAGCGGCGUGCAGCCAUACGUGGCGCAGCUGCUCUCUGCCCUGCUGCAGUGCUUCACGGACGACUCCUGGCCAGUCAGAGAUGCGGCUUGCGUGGCUUGCGGUCACUUUGUGCAGAGCUUCCCUGAGGAGGCCAGCUUCACCAUGCCUCAGCUGUACCCGCUCUUCUUUGAUAACUUGCAGGACAGCAUACCGAGCGUGCGCCAGGGCGCGGCCGUGGCGCUGGGUCACGUGGUGCAGGCGUACGCUGGGGACGCCCUGGCCAGGGUCGUCCCACUGCUGAAGGAGAGGCUGCAAG